AUGUUGUCAGAUGACGAACCUUUAAGCUUAUCCUCCCACGCUUUAGCGGCUCUCGAAGAGUUCAAAAAAGAGGAAAAUGAAAGACAGGAGAAUUUUGCAUCCUUAUACAAGAAGUCUGAAGAGGACUUUGCAACUCAAAAAGAUAUUACUAUUGAUACCUUCCAAGAAGACUGGCAGCUUUCUCAAUUCUGGUAUUCUCAUAAUACGGCCGAAAUAUUGGGUAAGGCUUUAUUAGAAGGAGCUGAUGAAGAUACAGUUAUCGUUAUUGCAAGUGCACCCUCGGUGUAUGCAGCGAUUAAAAAAUUUCCACCUGAAGAAUUACCGACCAAGCACAUUUACAUCCUUGAAUACGACAGAAGAUUCGAAAUUUUAGGUGGAUCUCACUUCAGCUUUUAUGACUAUCACAAACCUCAUGAAAUCCCCAGUCACCUUAGAAAUAAGUGUCAUAGAGUUUUAGUUGACCCACCUUUCUUGGAGGAAGAAUGCCAGACUAAUUCCGCUAUUGCCGCGCAUAAUCUUCUCGUAAAGGACAAAACUGAAAGAACCAUUAAUGGUGACUUGAAAUACAAAUUAGUCACCUCCACUGGUGAAAGGAUGAGAGACGUGAUUAAAAAAAACUAUCCCGAUACAUCCAUCACCGAUUUCUAUCCAGAGCAUAAAAACGAAUUAGGCAAUGAAUUUAGAUGCUACGCUUCGUUCGAAUGCUCGCAAUGGAAGUUUACUUAA